UUUUUCCCCUUCUGCCGCGGAGCCGGGAGGCUACUCAGUCCGCCGCGGCCAUGGCUCAAUACAAGGGCGCCGCCAGCGAGGCGGGCCGCGCCAUGCAUCUAAUGAAGAAGCGAGAGAAGCAGCGGGAGCAGAUAGAGCAGAUGAAGCAGCGGAUCACAGAGGAGAACAUGAUGAAGUCCAACAUUGACAAAAAAUUCUCUGCUCAUUACGAUGCGGUGGAGGCCGAGCUCAAGUCCAGCACUGUGGGUCUCGUCACCCUGAAUGACAUGAAGGCCAAGCAGGAAGCUCUGGUAAAGGAGCGGGAAAAACAGUUGGCUAAAAAGGAGCAGUCUAAGGAGCUCCAGCUAAAGCUAGAGAAACUUCGAGAAAAGGAACGCAAGAAGGAAGAGAAGCGUAAGAUCUCCAGCCUCUCCUUCACCCUGGAUGAGGAGGAGGAGCCUGAGGAGGACGACGAGGAAGAGCUAGACGAGGACUUGGUAGAACGGGAAGAGAUACCCUCAAAGAAGAGAAAAUUAGGUAAGAACCCAGAUGUGGACACAAGCUUCCUUCCUGACCGAGACCGGGAGGAAGAAGAAAAUAGGCUUCGAGAGGAACUUCGGCAGGAGUGGGAGGCCAAGCAGGAGAAGAUCAAGAGUGAGGAAAUUGAGAUCACAUUUAGUUAUUGGGAUGGCUCUGGGCACCGAAGAACCGUAAAGAUGAAGAAGGGGAACACCAUGCAGCAGUUCCUGCAGAAGGCCCUGGAGAUCCUGCGGAAAGAUUUCAGUGAACUGAGGUCAGCAGGAGUAGAGCAACUCAUGUACAUCAAGGAAGAUCUCAUCAUACCUCAUCAUCACAGCUUCUACGACUUUAUAGUCACCAAAGCUAGAGGGAAGAGUGGGCCACUCUUUAACUUUGAUGUCCACGAUGAUGUUCGGCUGCUCAGUGAUGCCACGGUGGAGAAGGAUGAGUCACAUGCGGGAAAGGUGGUGCUGAGGAGUUGGUAUGAGAAGAACAAGCACAUUUUUCCUGCCAGCCGCUGGGAGCCCUAUGAUCCAGAGAAAAAGUGGGACAAGUACACCAUCAGAUGAUCACCUGGAAAAGAUCCAUAAUAAAAAUCGGACCACCAGAGAAAUGAAAACAGAUGACCAAGAAAUAUCAUCACUACCAAAGAUAGAAAAAGCAACAAGGGAAUCAAUAACUCUACAAGGAGGUGCUAUUUGUCAGGAGCUCUAGGGUGAUACAGCUACUUUACAGGCAGGGAGGUCAAUUUUUUAUUUCUGACUUCAGACAUGGAGAGAAAUGCUAGGUAGUCAAAUAAGAGAGCCUAGUGAUAUAACCUUUUCUUUUUCUAAAAAAAAAAAUAUUUCUAGAGGGAUGGGAUGUUCUUUAAUGGAAUUAUGAUUCAACCUCCUUGGGAUUCUUGAUUUUAGAAAGAAAGCUUUAAGGUACUUUAAGGUACUUUUGUAUCAUCAUUUUUUUUUUAAGGACCUCAAAUUUUAGGAAGAAACAAAUCUGUACAAGGAAGAAGAUGGAAUGGCAGAAAUUAUUAAGAACAGCAUCAGUACUAUUGCAAGG